ACCAUUACUCCUGCAAAGAGUGUCGGAUUUUGGUAUGGCAGCAAUACGCUUUCGUAAAAUUGUUUUUUUCAGUUGUCACGGCAGAUAAAGUGCAUGAUUGAAAAAUGAAUGUACGCAUUUCUAAACCUCGUAUGCUGAGCAGUUACCACUGUUAAACUGCACGGGGCGACAAAGCUACUGACGAAGAGAAGCUGCACAAGCGUAGAAGAAGUUAUUAUUAUUAUUUUUUGAUUCGGUACAUCCAGCUACAUUGAGUCGACCAAAUAGCAUCUUGUCAACACGAAUCAGCCAUAAUAGUAAUUUAGCAGUGUAUUAAAUUCCACUUUUGGAGACGUGAGGUCGGAACUUCUAUGAGUAUACAAAGGUAACGAAGAUGGGUGGGAAAGGCAGGCUGAUGUCCUGUUUGUGUUUGGGUCUGUUUGGUGUCCUGUGCUGGGUGUGGAUUUCCUUUGCGUCCUUCCCUGAUGAACAGCGCGUCAUGGUGUCAUAUGAUACAUUAGACCGAGGACCCUUUAAGCCCCAAAGUGCUCUUGGUGACAUGGAGCUAUCCCCAUUGAGUUCAUACCGUGGGCCUGGCAACCAAGACCAGCGUAGCAAUAAGGAGCUGCCUAUUAUCCUGUGGUGGAGCGCAGGAUUAUUCCCACAUUUUCCUGGAGAUACUGAACGAAUUGACUGUGCCACCUCGUCCUGCCUGGCCACCAGUAACCGCAAGGUCCAGCUAUACAAAAGGACAGCAUCCAUCAUCUUCUAUGGAACGGACUUCCGCGCCUACGAAGCACCCCUCCCUCGUCUCCACCACCAGACAUGGGGUCUUUUCCACGAAGAGUCCCCCAUGAAUAACUAUCUCCUCUCUCACGGGCCGGGCAUCAGGCUGUUCAACUACACCGCCACUUUUCGCCGAGAGUCCGACUACCCUUUGACCCUGCAGUGGUUGCCAUCUCUGAGCUACCUGCUGGAGCCUACAAUGGUGUCGCUGAAGGAGAAGAACCGGUUGAGGCGGGAGGGCUUGGCCCCCGUAAUCUACAUGCAAUCUCACUGUGACGUGCCCUCUGAUAGAGACAGAUACGUCAGAGAACUCAUGAAGUACAUUGAGGUGGAUUCUUAUGGCAAAUGUCUGAACAACAAAGCUCUGCCUGCCCAUCUAGAAGACACGGCCACAGCCACAGGCGAGGAGGCCUCCUUCAUGAGAUUUGUCGGCCGCUACAAGUUCCACCUGGCGCUGGAGAACGGCCGCUGCCAAGACUACAUGACUGAGAAGCUCUGGCGGCCCCUCCGCCAGGGUUGUGUUCCCGUGUACCGGGGCUCUCCUGUGGUGGCAGACUGGAUGCCCAACAACCACUCUGUCAUCAUAAUCGAUGACUUCCUCUCACCUAAAGCUCUUGCCAACUUCCUCAAAUUUCUAGAUGACAAUGAUGAUGAAUAUGCUAAAUAUUUGGCUUUCAAAAACAUCCACAGUGUCACUAACACUCGUUUGCUGGAGGCUCUUGAGACCCGCGAAUGGGGGGUCAACGACAUGAGCAAACCCAACUACUUGAAUGGAUUUGAGUGUUAUGUGUGUGACCGGGAGAAUGCACGGCUGGCUGCAGAGCGAGCCAAUAGAAGAGCUCCUCAGCUAAACGCGCCUCCAAAACCGAAGAUGGCCACCAACGCUCACAUGGGAUGCCCUUUGCCCAGCCCGGGCUACGGAGAAGUCCAAGACCUGCCUGCAGAUGACGGAUGGUUGCAAAUGUGGCCUCAAGAUUAUUGGCAGAGUCUGGACCAAGCGGAGGGGCUGGAGUCUCUGAUAAGGACAAACGAGUCGGAUCCUGCACUGCUGUGGAAGCACAUCCAAAGAAUCGCCGUGAGGCGAGCCAGAGGCAAACAUUGACUGAGGCCUUAAACAGGCUGAGGAGGAUGGAAGACAUCCAGGAAUCCAGAUGUGCUCCACGGAAUGCAGACUCUUACGAGGGAAUGAAGCACCCGCCUUAUUUGCACCUGCACACAAAACUGCUGUUAAAUUGAUUUGGAUAUUUUUUUUCAAGACACAUACUUCAAGUUCAGUGAAGUCAAGUAAGGCGCUGACCAUUAACUUGUCAUUUUGGGGUGUGGGGGGG